CUUCUCUCACUCGCUAUUGGCUCCCCGGCGCAGUCCGUCACGCCGCUUCCGGCUUCAACGGUUGCGGUUUGUUAUUGAAGCGCAGCUCCUUUAAAUGAGAGGGGAAAUGUUGACGGGCGGGGGAGUUCACGAAGUUGGACACGUAAAGGUUUUAAUUGCUCUGUGAACCGGGCGACGCUUAAAAAUGUCAUCGGCUCACGAUCAAGUCAAGAAGCGCCGCCCCCCUCAAGUGUUUUUGAUCUCGACCGACCUGAAGGUCCAGGACCAGCUGGACGGUACCAUUCUGCUGCAGCGGGGGUGGAUAUGCCACGAGCAAGACUCUGGCAAGAACAGAGGCGACUCCUCUUGGGUCAAGGUGUUAGACAAUGGCUGCAUGUUGAAAAUAGAGAGGAAGUACCUGCUCGAAGUCCCGACUGACCUCAACGGCCUGUUGGAGCCCGUAGGGGAACCGGAGGCUCGCCUGAAACUUCUGGGUAAUCCCGGGAAGCUGCAUUAUUUGGCUUCAUUGCCGGUCGAUUCUCCGCUGUGGGUCCAGAUCGGCCCGCAGGACGAGCUGGCGGAGGCGGACCUUAAAUACGUCGGGCCGCUCACCCGCGGGAGCAGCGCCGUGCUGUUUGGGGUGCAGCUCAAGGGUUCAGCGGUCGGCAUGGGAACCAGCAACGGCUCCUACAAGGGCCAGCGGCUCUUCAGCUGCCCCGACGCCUGUUCCCUCUUCCUCCCGGUCAGCCACAUCCGGCCCCGCAGCUGGUCUCGAAACACCUCCUCCGACGCUCCCGAGCAAGCCCGUGAGCGAGACCGCCACCGCUCCCGCGGCGGCAAUAACCCGCCCGGCAACGGGCAGAACAGCAGCAGCAGCAGCACCGACCGGCCGAGUCCUCAGCAGCAGCAUCACAGUCGCCACGUCAGCCUCCACCCGCGUCGAUCCUGCAGCCCUCCUCAGGCUCUGGGCGUCCUCUCUCGCACGGCGGAGUCGGCGCCCCUCGCGGCUCAAAACCAGGUUCAGGUCCGAGGCCCCGCGUCGCCUCCGCGGCUCCACGUCGGCCAGCGGGUGUGCUUCCCCCUGGAGACCGGCGGCGUCUACGGAGGGGAGGUGUGCUUCUUCGGUCUGCUGCCCGGCCGGGCCUCGUCGGGGGCGUACGUCGGAGUCCUGCUGGACGUUCCUGUCGGUAACUGGGGCGGCCUUUACAAGGGAGAGAAGCUCUGCCACAUUCCUAGUCCUCUAUAUGGACUACUCCUGCCAGUCAACAAGGUUUCCUCAGAGCCGAGAUCCCACCGCCACAACCCUCCUCGCCGGGUCAGCAAACCCCUCCUGAAGCCGGCCCCGCCCCCCGUCACCAAACCGGGCCCCGCGACCCCGUCUAGCUCGGCUCCCAAGGUCGCCCUGAUGCCUCCCAGCAAACCAGGACUUAAACCUCCUCCGCUGCCGCCACCCAAACCCACCCACAGGGCCACGCCCCCUCUCCCACUUCCCAAACCCCGCAGCCUGGCGGUGUCGCCGCCCGCCGCCGCCGCCGACCAGCAGCCGCCGCACACCAACGGCGCCCUCGGCCCGCCUUCGCCGCUGAGGUCGCCCGACGGCAGCGAGGGCGCAGAGCAGGAGGACGAGGAGGCGGGACCGGAGGGCGAGCUGGAGGUGGGCUCGAUGGUCGAGGUGAACGACCCGCCGCUCGUCGGGGUCAUCCGCUGGAUCGGACCGAUCGGAGGGAUUUCGGAGCCGGUGGCAGGAAUUGAGCUGGACCAGGAGCUGUCUGCUGGAACCGACGGCAGUUACCUCGGCGAACGGCACUUCCGUUGCCCGGCCAACAAGGGGCUGUUCGUCAAGCUUCGCAACUGCAGACGGGACUCCAGGUUUCCGGCCCCCGAGACGCCCGUCAAUCAAGUGGAGCGAUGCAACUCCAUAGCCUUUGCGGACUGGGGCAGCGAGCGCGUGGAGGAGCACACGCCGCCUUCGGACGGGGACGAGGCCGCGGACCUCUACGACGGCUGGAAGAGAGGCAUCCAGGGUCACCUGAACUCGUGCUACCUGGACGCGACGCUCUUCAGUCUGUUCUCCUGCUGCAGUUCAGCAGACUGGGUCCUGUUCUGUCCGUCUGACCCUGAAACCGACCAGGACUCCAGUCAGGCUCAGGACCUGCUGCGCUGUGAGAUCGUCAACCCUCUGCGACGGAAUGGCUACGUGUGUGCCAGUAAGACCAUGGCCUUGAGACGACUGCUGGAGGCCGGGAGCAGCGACACGGGCUUCACCAACCAGGAGAAAGAUCCAGAAGAGUUCAUCAACAAGCUUUUCCAGCUCCUCCGAGUCGAGCCACUCCUCAAGAUCAGGUCGAUGACUCGGCGUCCUCAGGAGGGUCACCUCUACCAGCUCUUCCCACCUACGCUCCCUCCCGCGCCCUCCCCGCCCCCCUCCCCGGUCGGUGCCCCCGCCCCCCUCACCUCGCCGUCGCCCGGCCGCAUGCGUGUCGCCAGCGUCCAGGCGCUGCUCGAGUCCUCCUUCCUCCACGCCGGCCUCAAGUUUGUCGAGGCGCCGUCGUGCCUCCUGCUGCUCAUGCCGCGCUUUGGGAAGGACUUCAAAAUGUUUGACGCCAUCUCGCCGACGCUCAGCCUGGACAUCACCGACCUGCUGGACGACACCCUGAGACAGUGCAGCAUCUGUCAGGCGGUCGCUGACUGGGAGUGUCUCCAGUGUUACGAGGACCCCGACAUCACCCCCGGUCACGUCAAGCAGUACUGCCAGACGUGCAACACACAGGUCCACAGUCACAGGAAGCGGGCGUCGCACACCCCCGUGAACGUGGCCGUCCCCGGGGGGCCGUGGUCGGGGCCCCUGCGCUGCACCCGCCAGCGGAUGUCCCUCUUUGCCGUGACGUGCAUCGAGACCAGCCACUACGUGAGCUUCGUGAAGCACGGGCCCCGCCCCGCCGACUGGCUGUUCUUCGACAGCAUGGCCGACCGGGAAGGUGGCGAGAAUGGCUUCAACAUCCCCCACGUGAAGGCCUGCCCAGAGGUCGGCUGCUACCUCGGCCUAUCGGAGGACGAGCUGGGCAGAGUUGACCCCGCCUCCUUGCAGGAGUCCGCCCGCCGCCUGCUCUGUGACUCCUACAUGUGUCUGUACCACAGCCCCGAGCUCAGCCUGUACAAGUGACACACACACACACACACACACACAGAGAAACUGUGCAAACGUUUUGUCCUCGAGCUGAUCAAUCGGAUGACGCCCGCAAUAUUAGCUUUUGGUUAUUGAUAAUCGGAGCCCGUGUUACUCGAUCCAGUAUAUUAUGGAACGUUCUCAGCCUCUUGGGUCAUGUUCACACUUGAUCUUGAUUUAACCGUCACUGCUGAUUUAUUGAUGCUCCCUUUUGUACUAUUUUGUGUUAACGUGUCGUACAGAAAGAGAAAAGGAGGUGUGUAUUUUUUUUUUUUCUCCGUAACUUAAGAAGCGUUUGAAACGCCCGUCGUGACCUCGAGAGUGAAUCGGUCGUCUUCAGAGUUUAACUGUGCCUUUAAUAACGCUCACGCUGUACAGCUUCCAUUUUUGCGUGUGUGUGUGUGUGUGUGUGUGUGUGUGAGUAUGAGAGAGAGAUGCCUAAACGGACUGUGAAGAAUGCACUCGGAUGUUUAAACUUUUGUAUUGCUUACGGUUUGUUUGAUACAAUACAGCUGCAAAUAAAUGCUUUGAUACUUA